AUGCCGUUCAAUUACGAUAAGUUCCUCUUAUUCGGAGACUCUAUCACUCAAUUUGCAUCUUCCAUAACGAGGGGUUACUGUUUGCAGCCAGCAGUUCAGGAGGCUUACAUGAGGAAGCUCGAUGUGAUUAACAGAGGAUAUGGUGGUUACAACUCAAGCCAUGGUAGAGUUAUUCUUCCACAUGUUUUAGAAGCUGAAGAUACGGAACAGACCAAGGUUAAAAUUAUGACAAUUUGGUGGGGUACCAACGAUGCUGUCGAUACAUUUCAGCAUGUGGAUAUCGAAAAAUAUGAAAAUAAUAUGGAUGAAAUGAUUCGGAUGGCGAAAAAGAGAAAUAUUGCAGUUAUUGUUAUUGGUCCAACUCUCCAUGACACCUACGCAUACACAGAAUUAUAUAAGCAGGGAGUUGUCGAGUUUGCAGACACUGCAAAAAAUUCAACUAAUAAGAAAUACUCUGAAGUGGCCAAGAAGGUGUCUAAGGCUAAUGGUGUGCCAUAUAUCGAUCUUUGGACUUUAUUUUUGGAAUUUGGCGGAUGGGAAGAUCUACAGGAUGUCGAUAACUUGAAUUCCAAGGACUAUCCAAAAAUCAAGGAACUACUAAUUGAUGGUAUUCAUUUACAACCUCAAGGUUAUAAAAUUCUCUUUGAAAAUCUUCAAAAAGUUAUCAAAGAGUUUUACCCAGACCUAUACUUUGAAAAUAUACCGGAGCAUUUAAUUGCCUGGGACAAAAUCGAUAAUAACGAUAUGGAGAACUCUAUAUUUUCAGUGGAGAGGGACUGA